AUGGGGAAGACUUUGAACCUUAGCAGGAAACCCUGUGAAGAUGCUACUGGCGAGGCGGGUGUAUGUAUGUUCAAGUGGGACUGUAUCAAUGAAAAUGGUGUGUUGCUCUCUACUUGCACCAAUGGAUUUUUAUACUUAAGUUGUUGUAAAUUUCCUCCUUCUGACAUAACGCCUACUUCCGUAGAAGAUGGCAUAACCUUUGACAACCAGCACUAUAGUACAGCACAAGAAGUACCAGCAAAAAACUCAACAGAUGUUUCAGUGUCAGUAUUAAAUCAAAAGAGUGUUCCACUUAACCUGGAAUCAACAACAUUCUCUCUCGUAACAUGGACGAAUUUCAAAGAAGAGAAUUCCGUUAGUAUUUCUUCUAGUCUCGCAAACAAUGUGAAAGUAAAAUCAACAUCCCCAUCCCUUCAGCUAACAAAAAGCUCAUCCAUAGAAGCAGCACUAACUCCAACUUCUAUGAAUGCUGUAAGUGGUCCUUCAGAACUUACUUCCACUACAACAUCUCCAUCCACCAAUCCUGUACAUCUAAACUCUUCCGUGGUUCAGCAGUUGACUGAUGUAAUAUUCCACAACAAUGCUUCGUUCGCGGUAAAUAACAAUACACCUGAUUCUACUAUAGUUGUAGAUAUUGGUAAAACUGGUAGUACUGUUGGAGAUACAUUUGCUUCAACCGCUAUCUCCUCGACCUUCAUAGAAGAUGAAAGUAGCACAGGAACAGGACAAAAUGAUGGCAAAACGACUACCGAUAACAGUACCACUAACUACGUCGAAGAUAAUUUAUAUGUCACUACCAAUUAUGAUAUUCAGGAAACUCUUGACUCCAGUAUUUCUAGUGACGUCAAAAAUAUUACUAUUUCAACGAAGUACCCUAAAGUUUCAUCCAGACCACCACAGACAACGACAAAACCUCCCGAUGAAAAGGUCACAAGCAUCCAGUUACCGACAUCACAUCUUGAUUCCAAUAAAUUUCCAGCUGCAUAUAUUCAACAUAUUGUCACCCAGCUAGAGCCAACUGAACACUUAACCGACGCCAGCACAAAACCAAAUUCUGAAGAUGAAACUCAUCUAAUAGAUACAAGUAUAUCUGGGUCAGACAGUGAGCAAACAUCACUGGACCUAUCAAUGACUCCAGAACAACAACCAGAUAAAGUCUUUUCAGAUUCCAAUAACCCAGUAACGACAGUAACUGAAUCAGUAAUCACUGAAAAAGAUCCUACAUCAACAGUUAACUUAGAAAGUAUGUUUUCCAAUUCAAAUGCCAUUUUUAUUACUCCAACACCUGAUUCUGAAUCAUUAAUUCCUGACAAAAAACCUACAACGCACAGUAUGGUAGUUAGUUCAUUCACAACGAAUUUUAACAACCAUCUUCAGAAUGUAACAUCACCUUCUGAUUCUGAAUAUGAUAAUUUUCAGGUGUUGACAGCUAAUGAAUAUCUACCAUCGAUAGGUCCUGCUUUUGACACAUUUGAACCAUCUUUAUUUAUGACAACAAAAUCAAUUGUGAACAUAGAUGGCAGCACAAGUACUGGUCCAACUGUAAACACUGUUACUAAUAGCACUGCAAUUUCGGUACCUAGCAAUUCAUUAAUUACGGUAAUCCAUAAAGUAGCAAAUAAUAAUAGUCUUGGAACCUCGUUUGUCGAGACGAGUAGUACGACACUAUUAAAAACAACAGCGAUAAUCAGUCCUGCAAGUACGAACGUAAAUACUGGAAUAUCUACGACAGUCAGGGCAACGACGACAUCUAUCACUCCAACAACUUUAGCCCCUGUUACAGGAACUAAACAUAAAUGGGAUUACAGAAAACACUGUGGAGUUCGGUCUCUAAGGCCUUAUGGUAGAAUCGUUGGUGGUCGUAAUUCUUACUUCGGACAAUGGCCUUGGCAGGUUUUGGUAAAGGAAGCAACGUGGUUGGGACUGUUCCAGAAGAAUAAGUGUGGAGGGGUGUUGCUAAAUUCUAAAUACGUGAUAACAGCUGCUCACUGUCAACCAGGGUUUCUGGCAUCCCUGCUGGUCGUGCUUGGAGAACAUGACGUAGGUGGGGAUUUGGAAUCUUUGAAACCGGUGGUGAAGAACGUAAAGAGAAUGAUUGUUCAUAGAAACUACAACGCUCAGUCUUUUGAAAAUGAUUUGGCGUUGUUGGAGCUGGAGACUCCAGUCCAAUUCCAACCUCACAUUGUACCUAUCUGUCUCCCAGAAAAUGAAGAAGACUUCACUGGAAAAACCGCUUUUGUGUCCGGUUGGGGAAAACUUUUCCAUGGUGGCCCUGUUCCCGAAGUUUUGCAGUACGUGAAAGUACCCAUAGUGAGAAACAGUAAAUGCCAACAAAUGUUCCUUAAAGCUGGCCAUAUUAAAGCAAUAAGAGACAACUUCAUCUGUGCUGGAUACGAGACUGGUGGCCAAGAUUCUUGCGAAGGUGACUCUGGAGGACCACUGAUGGUGCAGAGAGAUGAUGGUCGUUGGGUUCUUGUUGGAACAGUUUCUCACGGUAUUAAGUGUGCAGAUCCAAACCUACCUGGUGUCUAUAUGAAAACGACUGCUUAUAAACCUUGGAUCGAGAUACAACAGUUCACCAGGAGAGGAUUUAUCCGGGACUUGGUGGAGCUGUAUAAGCGACCUCUACCGAUCAGACAAGGUAUUUUUUCUCUGGAUGGUUGUAUUGGAAAAGGUCGUUGUGAAUUCACACUAUCCUGCAUGAUGUCUGGUGGUCAAGUUGGGUCAUCUUGUGGUCCGCUGUUUACGUGUUGCAUUUAUUCUUCUGAGGAAAAGAUUAACCCAGAAUACUAUGGCCUUGUGCGCAAUGAUCCAUACUGUGGUAGAAACGCAAGAAGAAUCAGUCGUGUUGUCGGUGGAGAUGAUGCGUCAUUUGGACAGUUUCCUUGGCAGGCGCUGAUAAAGGUUAAAGGCAGUCGUUGUGGAGGAGCUUUGGUUGGUCGACGACAUGUCGUCACAGCUGGACACUGUGUAGCCAAGUCGCAGCAUGAACCUUAUAAAAUUGAGGUGAACCUCGGCGAGUAUGUUCUCAAUUCCAAGAUUGAGGGCUUACCCAGUGAAAAAUUCGGUGUUUUUGAGGUCCGGCUGCAUCCCAGAUUUCAGUUCACACCGCAAGCAGAUAGGUUUGACGUGGCCGUAUUAAUCCUCGACCGUCCAGUUCCAUAUAGAGGCAAUAUUAGGCCAAUAUGUCUUCCUGAAAAAAACGCGGACUUCCUCGGCCAAAUAGGCUAUGUCACAGGUUGGGGAGCCCUAGAGCCAGGCUCGAAGCUCCGCCCGAAAGUUCUACAGCAUGUGCCUGUUCCUGUUAUUAAUAACCAAGUGUGUGAAAUAUGGCACCGACGACAAGGAAUUCAGAUCCGCAUCCACGGAGAGAUGAUGUGUGCCGGCUACGAAUUUGGCGGCAGAGAUGCUUGUCAGGGUGAUUCAGGUGGACCACUGUCAGUUAACCAUUUCGGUGUCUGGUAUCUUAUAGGAGUAGUUUCCGCUGGCUAUUCUUGCGCCAAACAGUAUCAACCUGGGAUCUACCAUCGAAUAAGUAGUUCGUCUGAUUGGAUAUCUGCUAAUAUGGUUUGA